UAUUUUUUGCUUUAUUCAAAAUAUAUUUCUCUACAAAACGCUACGUAUCGUCGUUAGUCCUGAAUAAAAUAAUAAUAAUAUUUUUUACCAAUAUAUUUAUAUAUAUAUAGAAAAUCAGACCAUAAUACACGAGAAAAGAUUGGCGUAUUAUACUUGGCAUCUUAAUUCUGACAACGGUAUUUUUGCUUCAUAUCGCCGAUUAUUCAAGCAUGCUGUUGGACUAUACUAAACAUAUUGCCGAUCUGGCUCAUCAAAUUCAAUUAACCUAUCCGACUGGAUUCUCGAACGGACUGCGCCCGUCGCGGAACACUCUGAUCUAUGUGGGAGCCACUGCAGCCGCUUGUGUGGCUCUUGGUGCUGCUGUCAAGGCAAUACGUCGCCGUAGCAUUGAUGUAGAUGACUCGGUCAUACCUAAGCCGGAAAUUAAGUGCCUGAUUGGUGCCAAGGAUCAGGACCAGAAGCCCCCACGUCUCUGGCGUCGCCAAGAGGAUGAGCUCUCGGAUUGUGAAUCAGAAUUCGAUGUGGAUAUAACUAAAGCUAAACUCAAUACAAAUGUCAAUGAUCGAUUUCCGUCAGCCGCGGGAAUUUUCGGCCUGAAUUAAAUCAAUUAAUCAAAUUUAAGUGAUUCUCAGGGAAAGGAAAGUCAUCCAUCAAUGUUCAAGCAAGGCUCAAUAUCUAUUUGCCAUCGAUAUAUAAAUGUUUCUCAAUUUUCACAGUCCGCCAGUAACGCCAAAUCAAACUAACCGAAGUGCGUAAAAUCCACUCCCUUAGAUAUGCAAAUUUUGUGUUUUUUGUUUUACCAUUUUCACUUUUCUAUUCUUAAUCCAUAUGGAAAAUUGUUAAAUGUUUAAAUUAAAGUUCAAUAUAUUUUCAUAACAAA